AUAAAUUUAUAUAUAUAUAUAUAUAUAUAUAUAUCAUAGCUUGAGAAGAUCAUGGCGAUUAAUAGAGGACUGAAUUUGAUCAAGUCUGAGUUGAAAAAACGUCACAAAUCAUCAAUCUCAAAGGUGGAGAAGCAAUCCGGUGCUAAAAAACCUAUCCAGAGAAAAUCACUGAACAAAUCUGAAAUGAAAAAAUUUACUAACGAGAAAUCCCAAAUUUCUAAAACGUCAACUCUAUAUCGUAAAUCAAUAGUUUCUGCAAAGACUGUAAUUCCAUCUUCGUCAUUUGAAAAAGAAACAGAAUGUCAUCUCAAGAAAGCUAUUCUUGAUGCAAAAUCUAUGCAUGCCAACUCAAGUUACCAAGCUACAAAGAUUGAAGUCGAUGAGAAAUUGAAGAAAAGGCCGCGGGAAAUAUUCGAAAAGACAAGGAGUGAAAAAGAAAAAGAGGAAAGAGAAGAAAGUGAAAAAAGAGCGAACUUACAACGAUUAAUCAGAGAAAGAAAAGCACAUUUGGCUUUAAUUGAAAAGGUUGAGGCGCAAGUUGUUCAUCCUAAUGAGUACUUUCAGUACUUCUUGGAACUUGAAAAGCAAUGCGGGAAUAAAUCGUGCACAUAUGAUGAAAGAAAUUUCGAUUGGUACAUAAAAUCUCCUUUUUAUUUGGGAAGUGAUUGAUCGAGAAGUUGGGAUUAUUUUUUUAAAAUAAAGAGGAAGAAGAAAAAGAAAACUCGAAUCAAAAGAAGCUAGCUGAGAGACUUAAUUAAACUUUGUUUGCAUGUAAUUAAAUAUUUUUAUUACUUUUUCUUAAUGAAUCGGAUGAUAUAUUUGAAUAUAAUAACUUUAAAUUACUUCAAAAAAGUUUUUUAAUUCAUGAUA